CGGUCAGUCGGUCUGCGGCGUGCAGGAUCGCGUGGAAAACUGCGGUGGGCUCCCCGGAGCCGGGCACCGCGCGACCACUGCCCAACGAGCUCCCUCCUCGCCGCGGCUCGCCCUCCCCGCGGACCCCGCACGGAGCAGGAGGUGGGCGGCCUCGAGGGCCAUGGACUGCCGGGGCUGAGUCGCCACGGAGCCCCGGGCCCGCCCUUGCGCCCUUGCGCCCCUGCGCCUUUGCUCCGGACAGGGACGAAAGAACAGUGGGACAAUAACCCGAAAAAAGAAGGGGGUGAGACGGAGAAGGCCAGCGUCUCUCAGGGCAGCUACCCAUCGCCUCCUUCACCUACCCGCAGGAGCAAGUUGAGGACCGACUUUCACUCAUUUUGCGAGCCCACUUUUGCUAGACCCUAAAAUGAAAGGACAGAAUUUGGCGCUGACCCUUGCAGCUCUGCUGGCGACUGGUGCGUUUUCAGUGGCAUCGCCCGGAGAAAAACCCCUACGCUCCUGAUUGUUCGGUGGCCCCAGCGCUGCAGCGUGUGUGUGUGUGUGUGUGUGUGUGUGUGUGUGUGUGUGUGUGUGUGUGUGUGUGUGUACAGACAUCCGCACACGAACUCGCGGCCGCAGGAUCAGUCCCGGGAAGCAGACGCUUCGGCCACAGACCUGGAGAGGAGGAGCUGCAGAGCGGGAGGCGUGAGCCGCCAGGAGUUUGCAGAGUCCGUAGUGUGAAUGAACUGGGGCACCUGGGCGCGGGGAGCGCCCCCCCCCUUCCCCGCCUCAGGCCAGAGUUAAGUAGUGGGGCAUUUUUUUCACCCUCUUGUGAAGAAUUUUUUUUUUUUUUUAUUUGUUGUAAAGUCUUUUGCACAAUCACGCCCACAUUUGGGGUUGGAAAGCCCUAAUUACCGCCGUCGCUGAUGGACGUUGGAGAGGGAGCGCCUCGCCGCGGAGCAGUCGCCUGUGCGCCCUCGCCGGACCCGCUGCUCCCGCCGUGCGCCCCAGCGCCGCCGGGUCUUCGCUGCUCGCCCGAGCAUCUGGGCGCCCGCUCGCUUCCCUGGCCUGUCUCGGCGCGGCCCCAGCCUGGGAGCCCCAGCCUGGGCGCCAGCGCCUGCUUCGGCUCCGGGUCACUGCGCCCACCAGGAGCGCCCAGGAGGACUCCGCCGCCCUGCUCGCGAUAGUCUCCUCCCUGGUUCAACCCCGCCGCUCCGCUCGGAUUCCUCGGCUGCCCUCGCCGGGGUGGCGACUUCCUCCCCGCCCCCUCCCCCUCGCCAUGAAGAAGUCCAUUGGAAUAUUAGGCCCCGGAGUGGCUUUGGGGACGGCUGGAAGUGCAAUGUCUUCCAAAUUCUUCCUAAUGGCUUUAGCCAUAUUUUUCUCCUUUGCCCAGGUUGUAAUAGAAGCCAAUUCUUGGUGGUCGCUAGGUAUGAAUAACCCUGUUCAGAUGUCAGAAGUAUAUAUCAUAGGAGCGCAGCCUCUGUGUAGCCAACUGGCGGGACUUUCUCAAGGACAGAAGAAACUGUGCCACUUGUAUCAGGACCACAUGCAGUACAUUGGAGAAGGCGCGAAGACUGGCAUCAAAGAAUGCCAGUACCAAUUCCGACAUCGCCGGUGGAACUGCAGCACUGUGGAUAACACCUCUGUCUUUGGCAGGGUUAUGCAGAUAGGCAGCCGCGAGACCGCCUUCACCUACGCCGUGAGCGCCGCGGGCGUGGUGAACGCCAUGAGCCGCGCGUGCCGCGAGGGCGAACUGUCCACCUGCGGCUGCAGCCGCGCUGCGCGCCCCAAGGACCUGCCGCGGGACUGGCUGUGGGGCGGCUGCGGCGACAACAUCGACUACGGCUACCGCUUCGCCAAGGAGUUCGUGGACGCGCGCGAGCGGGAGCGCAUCCACGCCAAGGGCUCCUACGAGAGCGCGCGCAUCCUCAUGAAUCUGCACAACAACGAGGCGGGUCGCAGGACGGUGUACAACCUGGCCGACGUGGCCUGCAAAUGCCACGGGGUUUCCGGCUCCUGCAGCCUCAAGACGUGCUGGCUGCAGCUGGCGGACUUCCGCAAGGUGGGCGACGCGCUGAAGGAGAAGUACGACAGCGCCGCGGCCAUGAGGCUCAACAGCCGGGGCAAGUUGGUGCAGGUCAACAGCCGCUUCAACUCGCCCACCACGCAGGACCUGGUCUACAUCGACCCCAGCCCUGACUACUGCGUGCGCAACGAGAGCACGGGCUCCCUGGGCACACAAGGCCGCCUGUGCAACAAGACAUCGGAGGGGAUGGAUGGCUGCGAGCUGAUGUGCUGCGGCCGUGGCUACGACCAGUUCAAGACGGUGCAGACGGAGCGCUGCCACUGCAAGUUCCACUGGUGCUGCUACGUCAAGUGCAAGAAGUGCACUGAGAUUGUGGACCAGUUUGUGUGCAAGUAGUGGGUGCCGACCUGUCGCCCAGCCCCACGCCCAGGACCCACUUAUUUAUAGAAAGUACAGUGAUUCUGGUUCUUCUUUUUUUAAAAAAAAAUAUUUUUUAUUUUUCCUCAAGAAUUGCAACCGGAACCAUAUUUUUUUUUCUGUUACCAUCUAAGAACUCUGUGGUUUAUUAUUAAUAUUAUAAUUAUUAUUUGGCAAUAAUGGGGGUGGGAACCAAGAAAAGUAUUUAUUUUGUGGAUCUUUGACAAGGUAAUGAUACAAGGCUUCUUCCGAUAGGGUAGGGUGAGAGGGAGGUAACGCUUACCCUAACCUGGCUGUGGGGAUGCAGUACACAUCUAGAAGGCAAAAGUAAUGCCUACUGUUCCUAGUUCCAUAGUUGUCUGGGGUGGGUUGGAUCCAGCCGGAGCAGAGCGCUACAAACGUGUGUGUGUGGUUCAGUUUCUGUGACUAAAAUGAAUUACAAAUGCGCUGGUGCAAGAGCAAAGUUCUCGAGAAAACCAAAUAAAAAACGCAAAAAAUGAGAGUGACCCAGUUUCCUAGGGGCCAUCCAUCAGCCUGCUCUUUCUAUCUUCCAUAUUGUGAUUUAAAAUGUAAGAGCGAGCGUCUCGUAGUUGUGAAGAAGAACAGGUGCAGCGUGCGUCGCAUUCUGGUCAGCUAUCCCCUCUGCAGGUGAUCUCUGCUAAGAGCUUUGAAACUUGGAGAGCAGUUAAAUCAAAGCAGGGGAGUGGAAAAGGCCCCAAGAAACAGACAAUUUGGCGUAUCCUAGAUGGAGUCGUGAAGGUGUCACCCCACGUGAUGUGAAUACCAGGCUUUUGUUUUUGAAGGCUGGGUUGAGUUGAAUAUGAACAGCGGUGUCUUGUCAUUGUCUUAGAGACAGCCUUGCUUCAUCAAUCUAAUGGAGAUAAGGUGCGAGUUCUAUUCGCAGCUCUUCAGCCCAGACCUCAAGAUGGUUGCAUGCGGAGCAGAAAAACCGACUGAGGCGACUAAGGGAAACCCAGCCGCUCCUGUCCCCAAGGCCCUUCUGGUCCCUCUGGCCCCAAUGUGCUGCUGGCUUCACUGGGUCCCCUUUGAUUGUAGGACAGAAAAUGAAACACGAGGAGUUCCGGGAACUAGUUUGCUACUUAGGGAUUCGUUUCUAAAUCUUUUACUUUAAGGCGCGGUAACUUCUUAUAGUUCGAUGACAUUCCUUAGCUCACGGAGUCCACCACAGGGGUGUCGCAGUGUUUCACUGUUAGAAUCCUGUGUUUAAACCCUCCAUCCACUUGUGCUUUUCCUAGUAUACUGCAGGUGCACCCUAAAACUGUUCCUAAUAUACUGGAACAGUUGCGUUUAUGAGGGAGCAAUGUGGUUUAAUGGUGCCUGAUAUUUCCAGUCUUUUGUACAUAUCAUAUAUAUAUAUAUACAUAUAUAAAUAUAAAUAUAAUUAUAUCUCAGUGCAGCCAAGAUUUAUAUUUACAGUUUACUCUGGGCUUGUUUCUGUCUGGAGCAUUGUUGUCCUUCACUGCAGCCCAGUCAGGAGUUUUCCAAAUGUGUUUUGAGUCUUGUGUUUGGCCUGUGGCCCUGCUGGGAUCGUACCCUGAGCACCAGGAAACUUGUCUCUGAGGGAGCUCGGUGGUCUGAUUCGCUGAUGUGCACGUUGGCUUGAAGGUUGCUUUCCUCUGUCCUGCCCGCAUCUCCCCUCCAGCUUCCCUUUCUGUGUUCUCUGUGGAGAGGGCAUUAUUUGUGCGUCACUGACCCGGACGUUAGUAGAUACAACCUAGCGGCAUCUCGCUUUGCUUAGUGCGUUCCACAGAGUAGAAACGGGUUCCUGUCAGAUCUGGCGGUACUUGUUUGAGUCUGGAAGGAAGAGCCAGCUCAUUGAAUAGAUAGCUAGUUCUUUUUUUUUUU